ACAUUUUCCAAACAGAACAGAACAUCUCCUCUCAUCCUAUACAACAUUUUGGCUAUAAGCCUGAGACUUCCAUCAGCCACGUCUAAUGAUUUUCAAACCUCAUGACUGCAGUACACUGCUUAUUGCUUUAUUUGACAGAUCAAUGUUCUCCUUAGAUAGGAAACAUCAUGUUAAAUUGCUGUUUUAGGGGUUGUUUUUAAAAGUCCAGAACGGAUUAAUCCGUUUUGCAUUCCUUUCUAUGGGAAAGCACGCCUCGGUUUUGGAACGCUUUGGUUUUGGAACGGAUUACGUUUGAGAACCGAGGUGCGGCUGUCAAAUACCCCCUCCCCCCUAUCAUAGCCCACCCCCCAGUUUGCAGCCCACCCUGGGCGACAGCGGGAUGACCCCGGCCAUCUGCCAUUCCUUCUUAUCAGCCCUUGGACCUUUAAAAAUGGAGAUGAUUCGGCGGUGGCGGGGCGGGAAUCGCAGGGAGCGGGGAGGCGCCUGCCUUUAAUCGGCGCGAUGCAAUAACAUGAGCACAAAGCGGGCGAGAGACGGGCAGCGCAGCUGUUCGGGCAGCGCUUCGGGCACCGGCCGGGCAGCGCGGGCGCCGCGGGAGGCGGGCGCGGCGGGCGGGCGGGCGUCCCGCUGGCAAGAGGCCGCCGGCGAGCCGACUGAUCCCGCCGCCCGAGGGGCUCCUGUGUCAACGGCGGCUAAGCAAACACAGAUGGGUCUCUCCGCCGCGGCGCGCAUUCCGCAGCGAGGCUGGCGGCGCGGCGGGGACUCCAGAUGACGCGCUGAUCCGGCUCGGGCUCGGGCACCACAGCCCGGCUGGCCAGGGCAGCGGCAGCGGCGGCGGCGGCAGCGUCGCCGGGCAGAGCGCGAGGCCGGGCGCGGAGAGGCCAUGAGGAACCUGCCGCUGGCCGGCGACGAGGAGCGCUGGGGCCGCCUCUGCCUCAAGGAGCUCCGCGGCAUCCAGAAGCUCCACAGGAAGCGGAGCAAAGAGCCCGCCAAGCAGCGCCUCAGCGGCGGCGGACGGAGCUCCCGCGCGGCCUCGGCGGGCGCUCCGGACGGGGCCCCCGAAGGCGGCGGCGGCGGCGGCGAGGCGGGCGCUGAGGCGAGGAAAGGCGCCUUCCCCGCGGGGCUGCUGGCGCCUCAGCCGCGCCCGUCGAGGAAAGACGUCGAGGGGCCGCUCCGUCUGGGGGGCGGCCAGGCUUUCUCCGAGCCCAGCUUGCCGCCCAGCCGGGUUAUGGCGUGCCGGCCGCUCGAGAGCCCCUUCCCGCCCGUUUCGCGCGUCCCGACUUACGGCGGCGGAGGCGAGGCGUCCCUGUCUCCCGGGCGGCGGGCGGGCGAGGCGGCGGGAGCGUCCCCGGAGAUCCGCGCCAUCCAGCAGACCAGGCGGCUGCUGGCCAACGCCCGCGAGAGGACCCGCGUGCACACCAUCAGCGCCGCCUUCGAGGCUCUGAGGAAACAGGUAAGCGGCAGGGAAGGAGCCGGCGCUCUGCGUAUGCUCAGAGGAACGCUCUCCUCUGUGCGCCUUUGAAGCCGUAGCAUUAAAACCAGGGUCCAGGGAGCCCUGAAAUUGGGGGGGGGGGGACAAAAACGAGGAAUCCCAUGCCACUAACUAAGAUAGAGCGCUUUGGCGUGACAAUCCCAUGAAACGAAGUGCCUUGCUUAUUUCAGUAGCUCUGGGUCAGGAGGGUUUCUUGGGGGGCUGUACACCUUGGGUCAGAGCUCUCUUCCCACCCCUGCAGGGUGGGAUCCAAAUCCUGACCCCUCUGCUAGGGUCCUGGGAAGCUCAGGUUGGACCCUACAGCGCAUAGGAGUCAACUCCUAGGGGCUGAGGCCCUUCUGGUCUCCCCAGUAAAAUAUUUGAGGGGGCCUCCCCCCAAAAAAGUUGCCAUUCAUAUGGUGUCGAUGCACCACAUCACGUGAUUAUGUGGGGUAGGACUUACUUACUCAACUUAGCACCCCUGUUAUUCAACUUAGCACCCCUUAUUCAACUUAGCACCCCUGUUACGGCAAAUGCCAGGCUGUGCUCAAAUCAGUCCUACUUCCAUAAUUGGUUCUUCUUUAAAAGAGAUGUAAGAGUGAAAUGCUUGCACUUUGCAUCAUUGGCUACCCAAAGAAGCAGAUUACUUGUUGGUGACCUUUACAACACGCAGCGUCGCCCAAGGGCCAUUCAACGCUUUGCUCACGAGAUGUUGGUCUUAAUUCUUAAUCUGAUUAUUGGGUUGCAGGAGAAGGGGCUGUUUUGCUUGGGUAGAAAGCUCCGAAAGAACGUUGGGUUCUCUCCUAGGAUGCUUAAACAAUGAAUGGUAUGUGGCUCUCGGCUUGACACUGUGAUUUGCGUUGACCUGUAAUUGCCUCUCCCCGCCCCCCCAAUCCCAUGCCAAAAAACUCAACUUGGAUGAAGCAUUGCUAUUAUCAAAAGUUCACACGGGUCUCAUGCUAGGUGAAAAUUAUAUCUUCCUGUUAAUCAAAUACACUUUCCUGUCAGUUGGCCAGCUCUGUGCUCAUAACAUGUUUUCCAAGGUUGGGUGUGUGUGUGAGAGAGAGGGGGGGGUAAGUUCUGAAAUCCAAGUUGUAUUUGUUAAAAAUCCUGUCUCCCCCUUGGAUUGUGUGUGUGUGUGUGUGUGUGUGUGUGUAGGUGUGUGUUUGGAUUUGAGUUUGGAUUUGAUAUCCCGCUUUACCACUACCCUAAGGAGUCUCAAAGCAUCUAACAUUCUCCUUUCCCUUCCUCCCCUACAACAAACACUCUGUGAGGUGAGUGGGGCUGAGAGACUUCAGAGAAGUGUGACUAGCCCAAGGUCACCCAGCAGCUGCAUGUGGAGGAGCAGGGAAGCGAACCCGGUUCACCAGAUUACGAGUCCACCACUCUUAACCACUACACCACACUGGCUCCAACAUGGUGCCCCCCAGGAUAUUAUUAGCCUCAUCCACUCCAGCCAAUAUGGCCAAUGGUCAGGGAUGAUGGGAGAUCAUAGAAUCACAGAAUUGUAGAGUUGGAAGGGGCUCCAAGGGUCAUCUAGUCCAACCCCCUGCAAAGCAGGAAUCUCAGCCAAAGUAUCCAAGACAGAUGGCCACCUGACCUCUGCUUGAAAACCUCCAAGGAAGGAGAGACCACAACCUUCUUUUGGAGACCGUUUCACCUUGGAACAGGUCUUACUGUCAGAAAGUUCUUCCUGAUGUUUCUUCAGAAUCUCCUUUAUUGUAACUUGAAGCCAUCCUACCCUCCAGAGCAGGAGAAAACAAGCUUGUUCCCUCUGCUUGUCUCCCACACAAUUUUAGAAAGUAUUGUUGCACUUCUUUGGACACCAGCUCCUACCAGCCCUCACAGACAAUGGCCAAGGCUUAAUAUUAGUAUCCGUAUUGGUCAUUAAUUGCAUUUUUGCGACUUGUGCCACAAAAGCAGAGCUCGUGUGGACAUUAAAAACCUGGUAAUUUGGACUAAAGCUCCUGUGCUGUGCUAGAGUUGAUGGGGAAGUUUAGUUCAAAACAGCCACACUCCCUGGGGCUGACGGGAGUUUUAUUUAUUUAUAAAAAUAUUGAUGUACCACCAUGUGAUAAGAAAUAUCACAGUGGUGUACAAUAUAGAAACAGAAAACCAGACAAUAGCAUAAAUAAUAAGAUAGAAACACAAGUUAAAAGCAAAGAAAAAAUAAAUGUAAGACUGAUCUGCAUACAUUGAAUUUCAGUCAAAUUCUCUGUUUAUAAGAGCCUCUUGACACCAGAAAACAGAUUUCCAUUCCCUCUUGGUUGGGAUCCUCAAGUUAAAAUGAAGAUCCUAAAUGAGAAAGAGGCUUUCCCACACUUUGGAUAGCAUUUGAAGUGGUACUUACUGCCUGGUCAAAGACCACAAAUGUCAUGUCCAGUCACCACAUUAAGUUAUUACAAUCCAAACAUGACCAAAAGGGAUGCUGUGAUCCGCAUUUACUGCUAUUCUGCCUUGGUCAGACCCCAGCUGGAGUCAUGUGCACAGUUCUGGGCACCACAAUCCAAGAAGGAUAUUCACAAGCUAGAGCGUGUGCAAAGAUGAUCAAGGGUGUGGAAACCAAGCCUUAUGAGGAACAGUUGAAGGAGUUGGGUAUGUUUAGCUUGAUAAAGAGGAGACUGAAAGGAGAUGUGAGAGCCAUCUUCAAAUAUCUAAAGGGCUGCCAAAUGGAAGAUGGAGUAAGCUUGUUCCGUCUUGCUCUGAAGGGUAGAACCCAAGCCAAUGGAUUCAAGUUACAAGAAAGGAGAUUUGACUAAACACCAGAAAGAACUUUCUGGCAGCAAGAGCUGUUCAACAGUGCAAUGGACUCCCUCGGGAGGUGAUGGACUCUCCCUCCUUUGAGGUUUUUAAGCAGAGGUUGGAUGGCCACAUGUCAUGGAUGAUUUAGUUGAGAUUCCUGCAAGGAAUGACCCUCAGGGUCCCUUCCAACUCUACAGUUCUGUGAUUCUAUUUUUCUGCUUCUCAGCAGAUAGGUAAAAGCAUAACUGCUGAGGAUGAGGAACAUUUGUAUUGACUUUUUCUGUCAAUAUAUUUUAGCUGUUGCCUAACACUGACUGCAAGAAUGAGAAUUCAUGUGCCAUUGAAAAGCAGGAUCUCUGAUGGGACAUUGUAUUAUGCUUGCUAAUAAUAAUAAUAAUAAUAAUAAUAAUAAUAAUAAUAAUAAUUUAUUAUUUGUACCCCGCCCAUCUGGCUGGGUUUCCCCAGCCACUCUGGGCGGCUUCCAACAAAGAUGAAAGAUACACUAAAAUGUCACAUAUUAAAAACUUCCCUGAACAGGGCUGCCUUCAGAUGUCUUCUGAAUGUCAGGUAGAUGUUUAUCGCUUUCACAUCUGGUGGGAGGGCGUUCCACAGGGAGGGCACCACUACCGAGAAGGCCCUCUGCCUGGUUCCCUGUAACUUGGCCUCUCGCAGUGAGGGAACCACCAGAAGGCCCUCGGAGCUGGACCUCAGUGUCCGGGCAGAACGAUGGGGGUGGAGACUUUCCUAUGGGCAUCAAUGAACACUCAUUGAACAACUGAACACUCAAAUGACUUCUCUUGCUAUCUCAUCACCCGUAGGAGGAAGUGGCUUGAUAAAUUGCCUUCAGCACUGGGACUUUCGGAGCACCUGAUUCUGAAGCAUUUUUGAAGCUCUGAAAUUAUGAUCCUGUACCUUGGUGGAGAUUUCUGGAAUUAAGCUUCAUUCAAGGCAAGGAUGGGGAACCUGUGGCCUCCUGGUGUCAUUGGACUACAGUACCCAUCUUCUUUGGUCACGCAGGCUGGGGUUGAUGGGAAUUGGAUGUCCAAUGCCUGGAGAGCUGUAGGUUUCUCACCCUCGAUGUAAACCAUAUUUGAGCUUCCAAAGAAAGACCCAGCCACAAGCCUAAACAAGAAAUAAAUCCCAAGGCAAAACUGGUAUCCUUUGUUCCUAUUUAAGACACAAUAUCACAUAGUAAACUUUUCUGAAUGAACACUGUCUGAGAGAGUAGCGUGAAUCCAGCUCAUAAAGGUCACCAAACUGUCCUGAAGUUUAACCUGCUGGUCUUAGACCCAUACUCUUGAAAAAGGUAUACCUGCUUCCUGUGAACCUCAAAAAGACUUAAGUUCCUCCUCCCUAUCUCUCUCCCUGUCUCCCUCCCUUCUUAUUUUAAAUUGUCUGAAAGCAGUGAGCCUUUGCGGGGUGGGGGGCAGGGAAUUGCUGUUUAGUGGGGUUUUUUUGCAAAGUCUUUUGCAAACUUUGGUCAUAUGUUAUGCUUGGCUCUGUGUGAAGUGUGGAUACAAAUAUAUAUGUGGAUAUAUUGGAAGGAAGUGUAAGGAAAGAAGAGCCAAGAACAUUAUCAUUCUGUCUGUAGUCAGUACCUAUACUGUGGUGUAUAGGCUUUGGCAAAGACAAACUUCAGCAGUGAAGAACAGCAAAUUCUUCCAGGGAAAGAACCCCGCUGCAACUGAAUGUUGCAAAUUUCCCUAGUAUAUCAGUAGAUGAAUGCUCAUUCAGACAGCAGGCUUGCCUGUUCCCUCUACUUUAUCUGCUUUUAUCUGCUUGGACAUGAUACAUGCACAAUCAUUUUGCUAAGAAGACUGAUUGGUUGUCAUGAAGAUGAUUACUGCUUGAAUGCUUCUCCCUAAGUCAGUGGUUGAGGGACAUGGGUGGCACUGUGGUCUAAACCACAGAGCCUAGGGCUUGCUGGUCAGAAGGUUGGCGGUUCGAAUCCCCACGACAGGGUGAGCUCUUGUUGCUUGGUCUCUUCUCCUGCCAAUCUAGCAGUUCGAAAGCACAUCAAAGUGCAAGUAGAUAAAUAGGUACCACUCUGGCAGGAAGGUAAACGGCGUUUCCGUGCACUGCUCUGGUUCUCCAGAAGCAGCUUAGUCAUGCUGGCCACAUGACCCAGAAGCUGUACACUGGCUCCCUCAGCCAAUAAAGCGAGAUGAGCGCCACAACCCCAGAGUCAUCUGCGACUGGACCUAAUGGUCAGGGGUCCCUUUACCUUUUACAGAAUGAACAUUCUGGAAAUAGUUGCAGAUGUGCCCCAGCAGUUUGGCAAUACCGUUGGCACUAGCUUUUUAGUGCCAGCCACAGCCGACUUCUCUUUAUUCAGAUUGAAGCAUUCUGAAAAGCUGCAAAAACUGCAUGGCAAAAACUGACUUAGCAACACUAUGCUAUGGUGGUUUCAAUCUUUACUUGAAAGUUGGUUCCAGAAGAUUGACAUGGACUGUUGGUCUGGGGACUUUUGCCCACCAUCCUAAGUAUUAAAUUAAAGAUGAGGAACCUUUGUGGCCCAGCAGGCCAAAUCUUUGUCUUCCUCUGUAGACUAAUUCUGACAACUUUGUGUUAUCAGCUAUCACAAUGACAUCAGGUGAUGAUUGGCAGGUGGGUGGACAUGCCCAUCUGGCAAAGUUGGCCAGCACGGGUGGGCUAGAUAGCAACCAAGCAGGAUAGACCCCCCCACACACACAUCAGUUGAUGCUCAAUGCUGGGAUUACUGGAAAGCCUACCCCCACAACAAGGAGGUUCUGUGCUUCGUGUGAAUGGGAGAUGAGGGGCAAGUGAGUGCAGCCCCACACUUGCUCUCACACAACUGUUUUUUUGUGUGACAGGAGAAUGACUGAAGGAGGUUAGUUGUGGGAAGGGGCCGAUGUUGCCUUUGAAGGCGGUCCCUGUCCAACAAGGAGACAUAUUGGGGAAGAUCUGGCUUGGCUACAGCCCCCAUAACAUCUAAGUAGAGCCAUCAUUUAGUUCUAUUUUGCAAAGGUUGAAGCACAUCUUACUUGUUGUUGUGUAAUAUGGCAGAUGUUCACCUUCAGCCACAUCAGAAUUAAGGUUUUGUUGCAUAAACAGAAAAAGCAGUUAAACAACCUAAUAUAGUAAGUAGAAUGGCUGCUUUAUCUCAGUUUAGUAACAUUUCAAUGUUUUAAUCACAUCAAGGACUUUAUAAACAGCCCUGUGUAUAAACCUUGUGAAAAACCAAGAACAAUGAGCUGAACAGGAAUCUUGGCUUGUUACAACAGUAAUUAAUACCCUACUGACUUAAGUACAGCUUUUGAUGUGCUAAAUGGUUUGUGGUCUAGCUAUUUUCUUGGAAGUAUUUACAUGUGCAUGGAUGUUGCUUUGCUGUAUUCAUAACUGAGCACAAAUUACCUGUCCUUUCUAUUACUGUUUCUGUAGCUUCAAAUCUUGCAUAUUCUUUCAACAGUUUAAUAUACCUCUUACCUAUUUUGACUCUGCAGAGCCAAUUCUGAAGUUGCUAGAAGAUUGCCCUCCAAAUGUUGUUGAGCAGCAGCUCCCAUGGGACCUUGCUAGCUUGGCCAGUGUUUGGGAAUAAUGGGAGUUGUGGUCCUGAGAGCCACAAGUUCCCUGCUCUGCAUAAGAGAGGCUCUCCAGAAAGAGCAGAAGCUCAGCAUGGGAUUUUGAUGUUGUGACUGAUUUUUUUCCCUGUGACAACUUGUUGUUGCUGUUGUUGUUUAGUCGUGUCCGACUCUUCGUGACCCCCUGGACCAGAGCACGCCAGGCACUCCUGUCUUCCACUGCCUCCCGCAGUUUGGUCAGACUCAUGCUGGUAGCUUCGAGAACACUGUCCAACCAUCUCGUCCUCUGUCGUCCCCUUCUCCUUGUGCCCUCCAUCUUUCCCAACAUCAGGGUCUUUUCCAGGGAGUCUUCUCUUCUCAUGAGGUGGCCAAAGUCUUGGAGCCUCAGCUUCAGGAUCUGUCCUUCCAGUGAGCCCUCAGGGCUGAUUUCCUUAAGAAUGAAUAGGUUUGAUCUUCUUGCAGUCCAUGGGACUCGCAAGAGUCUCCUCCAGCACCAUAAUUCAAAAGCAUCAAUUCUUUGGUGAUCAGCCUUCUUUAUGGUCCAGCUCUCACUUCCAUACAUCACUACUGGGAAAACCAUAGCUUUAACUAUACGGACCUUUGUUGGCAAGGUGAUUUCUCUGCUUUUUAAGAUGCUGUCUAGGUUUGUCAUUGCUUUUCUCCCAAGAAGCAGGCGUCUUUUAAUUUCGUGGCUGCUGUCACCAUCUGCAGUGAUCAUGGAGCCCAAGAAAGUAAAAUCUCUCACUGCCUCCAUUUCUUCCCCUUCUAUUUGCCAGGAGGUGAUGGGACCAGUGGCCAUGAUCUUACUUACCAAUUAAAGCAGAUUAUGAUAAAAUUUCCACAAAACUCUAGCCCUGUCUCCUUGUCCACUCCUGUCAAGUUAUUUUCUCCAUCCCUUGCAGCAGAAGGAAUAUUCCAUACAGUUCGAUAAACUGUUCAAGCUGCUAACUGGAAAGGAGAUACUAACCAAAUUUACGCAUCAUGGAAAGUCAUAAACAAGGGAUGGGGACCCUUCUUCAGCCUGGGGAGGUCACAUUCUCUUCUGUGCAAUCUUCGCAGGACAUGGGCCAGCGGUGGACAGAGUCACCAAGCGCACAUUUUACUUUUGUCCAAUGGGCAAGUGUCCACAUCCGCUGACACUCCCCUCUCUAUCUUCCAUCUAGAGGAGCAAGAGCAGUAUCAGAGCUCAAGAGCAGGGGGAGAAGCAGAGCCUGUGAGAGGUGUGGUGUGGGAAGAGUUCCAAGUGCCAUAUAAAGAUAAACUGGGGGGAGGUAGUUUUGGCCCCUGGAUUUGAGGUUCUCCAUCCCUGCCAAAAACCAUGGCUUACUGUGAACAUGGCUUACAGUGCGCGACUGCAUGCUGCUGAACUCCUCAUGUUUUGCUUUGCACUUCAAGCCAGGAGCAACAAACCAUAAGUCUAAGCUUACCAUCAUAUGCCAACAAAUCUUCAUGGUUUGUUUCUCUCCAGAUAAACCAAGAUUUGUGUUGGAAGCCAAGAUUUGUUUUGGAAGACUUCAUUUGCAGAACAACAACGUUAUUUGUUUUGAGCACAUUGCUGCAUGCUUCCCCCCCACACCCCUUUGAGUAUUUUCAGCAUACCUACUUUGUGGGUUCCUUCAAAUUUUUAGAUAUGGUGAAUUUCCUGCACAGAUAACAUGUCUAUGUAGGGGGGGAAAUGCAAACCAUGUGUUUCAAAUCUUCUGUAAGAAAGUCAUGUAGAGUAAGCUUCAAAGACUUGAUUUAAUUCAUCUCCAAAGGAGGAAAUUCGGAGAGCUGAACUAGAUGUUACAUAUUCAGAUAUGUAACUCUCCCUGAAAAAGCUUCCCCACCCACCCAAAAAACAAUCAGUAGCAGACCAGUAUGGAACAGAGAAGCUUUGGCAGCAGGGAAUGCUUAAUUCUUCCCCUGUGGUCACUUUCCCACUUGAUAUACCAUUGUCCAACCUACGUCUUCCCCACAGGGUUCCAGAUGUGUGUCUGCCCUCCCAUACAUUCAUCUGGGCCCCCGGAGGGGGAAAUUACUUUCAAAGGAAACCUGCAGUAAAAAACAACACCCACCAGGUAGGAACAGGUUAAGUAUCUCUUCACUGCUCUGAAUUACUCCCUCCCAGUAUAAAGAAAAACUCACAAGAAAAAAUAAUAAUAAUUACUUUUUAUGCUAGAGGAGCAGAACCAAGUUAUCUGUGACACAGUUGGUCAGUUAGUUAAGUAUUUUUUAUUUAUUUACUUGAUGCGGGGGGGGACAGCUGCUCCCCCCAGUUACGCCCAUGUACCAGUUUCCCUCCUCCCUGGUCCUUUUACAUUCACUUCUUCCUCCUGUAGCAUCUUUCAUAUUCAUUCCCAGUUUAUGAAUUCAUUUGUUGUUAAUAAAUACUAACCUUGGAUCUCACUUUCUAAUCUCCUUCAACACCUCCUUUGGUCCUCCUUUCCGUGGGAUGCUAGCAUCUAAAAUGCACAUGUGAAGCAUUAAUUGCAAGAGCUGUCGAACUCUGUGAUGUCUUGCACUCUGUGGCAGCUAUGGCAAUUGGUACAGUUGUGCCAGUUAACAGUCUUAACAGUAAGGGCAGCAGGGAUGUUAUGUUGUGCCACUGUCUGCCUCAGAGUACUAGCCAGUCUGUAAAUGCCAGUCAAAUCUAUAUAAGAUGUUUUUGCGACUUAAGUAUCGUCUACCUGCAUGGUAUUUUUAAUCUGCAACUGCAAGUACACUAAGUAAGUUAUUUGUUCUUUAAACUUUAAAGGAGACUGUGUUGCAUGGUUUUUAUAGGAGGAGAAAAGAGAACUAAUUGAAGGGUCAAAGGACCCAGGGCUGUCUUCCUCUGCAAAUGGGAACUAGAGUCUGAUUCCCACACUUUCUGCCCCUCUGAACAUCUUUCCCCAAGACACCUUUACUCAGCAUGCAAGUAGUUGCUUGUGUUGGCACUGGACAUGGGUUAGGAGUUGGGACAGGCAAGUGAGGAGGCUCUGGGCAGGCUUUGGCACUGAGGCCCACUGUCCACUGUUUGAGAAACACAAAUGUACCCAGCAAUCCUCCAAGUGGCAGUUAAUCUGGGAUAGUCACUGUUGUUAAGGGUGCGACUGUGUACUUUCAAGAUUUUGCCUCUUAUGUACAGAGCUCUAGCAUCCAAAGGUGGUCAUUUGUAUCAGUCCAUCGUUAUAGAACAAGCUGAUGGGAAUACAAGACCAAGCUCAGGACAGUUAUGAGGGUCAGUCAGGCAAGCCUUGAUGAACUCUGAAGAGGCACAAAGAAGCCUGGAGAGGAAGACUCAGAAGCAGCAGAGGCUGGCAGCUCAUGAAGACUGAGUAGCCAACCUGAAAGCUGCGAAUGCUUGCGGGAGAGGACUCCAGUAACAGUCUUUGGUAGAGCUGAGGCCACAGUGACAGUGGAGUUGAGGAAACAAGUCACAGUCUAGACUUCUGGUGAAGAAAGACCCCAGAAACCCUGAACAAUGGGAAGACUCCAAGGGACUCCACCUGAACACACCUGUGAGCUAGCUAUGGUGGCGUUAUGGUGGCGUUAGGAAAUGAAAUGGGCUAUGGUCAGGGAAAGGAACUAGGGUAGCCACUUAGACACCUUCAAGCAGCAGUAACACCAUCAACGUUUAUGUGACAUCUACUUAAGAAACCUAAAGCAUCAUCUUGUAUAACCCAGCUAUUAUGCAACUUAGCUGCAAAUGAUCAUAUUAUUGUGUUUACUCCCAGGUUAAUAUGCAUAGAGACAGACAACAGGUCUGGGGAGAGCUGAAAGUUGUCUGAGAGAUUUUGCUUUUCACUUUAUUUAUUUUGCCCCGUUGCCUCCCUCGGUCAGUUAUGCAGACUUCUGAAAUAAGUGCCUGAAAACUGCUGCUACUGUUGUUUUUGUUCACACAGUGGCAUCAACACAUUUAGGUUGAUCUCGUGGCUUCACCAUGGCAGCUUCUGUAGCAGUUGGCAGAUGUCUGCAGCUGCAAGCCUGGAAUGAUGUAGGUCAAUCAAUGGUUUCUAUAGCAGUCCCAUCUGAGGUUUAUGCAUGGACAAUAGCUUGAGUUCCAUACAUUCAGUAGAAUAUGCAACAUCUGACUAUUUAUUUAUACAUGUAAUGUUUGUCCUAUAUAACGAGUGGUAGUUGUUCUCCAGGAAAAUAGCAAGAACAGGAUUGUUACCCCUUUGCAAAUAAAAGGAGCAAGAAAUUUGAUGAUGAUGAUGAUUUAUUUAUUUAUUUACCAACAGCUGCAUGUUGUAUAACACAGAGGCUCGACAUCUGAGGUUUUAUCAUUGCUAUCUAUGGUAAUGUUACAGUUUCACACCUGCAGUUGCCCGUCGAUAUUUCGCAAGAUGAAACAGGAGCAAACAGGUGUACCUGGUAGCCUUUCAAGUGUUGAGUUUUGAUGAUCCGCCCUAAUUUGCUCUUCUUGGUCUUUCUAGGUUCCCUGCUAUUCCUAUGGACAGAAGCUAUCCAAACUGGCCAUCCUGAGGAUAGCAUGUAACUAUAUACUCUCCUUGGCUAGACUAGCCAACCUAGAUUACAGUGCCGACCACAGUAACAUGAGCUUCUCGGAAUGUGUGGAGCAGUGCACUAGGACCUUGCAAGCGGAAGGGAGGUCUAAAAAAAGGAAGGUAUGUUUCGGGAGGAUAAAAUGACAGCCAGUUAUAAAUGGAUGCGUAACCUCUUUAGUCUUACCAACAUUUGCUGGUUCUUUUUGCUGUUGGUUGUUUACGCUUAUGACUUUCUCCAGUCUUCUGCAUCCUUUCACCUUUUUAUUUACGUUCUAAUGGAAGUUUAUUUACAUGCUUCACUUGCAUUCCUUUCUAUGUUUGAAUACAAGAGUAAUAUUGAUGAAGCUAUGCUGCUGUCUUCCCUGAAAACAGCCAUCUCUAGGACACUAUUUGCAAACCAUAAAAACACAGUUAUUCAGCUAUGUUUUUCAGUGUUGUUUAAUGUAAUCUCUGAGGAGGGGAGCAAAAGGCAACAAGACAAGGUAAUUAAUCUCUCUCUGAACCAACCCUCACCGCCAGUGGUGGAACUGCAGUUUUUAACACCACCCCAUUCCCCUUACUGAGACUUGAACACCUGAUUGGCUUGAGAGUAUCGCAACGUUGCGUAUUUGCCAGGGCUUCAAACCGCACACAAACACACACCCCAGGUUGGGCUGCUGUUCUCACUUCCCUGGCACCUGAGAAAGUUGGAGGCAGUGAGAAAGAAUUGUGGGUUCUGCCUCUUGAGGAUUAAGGAGGCCCCACUCUUCAGAAUGACUAGUUUGGGUAACUUCUUUCUGUUGGAAUAGCAGCAAACAGAGGGCAAUUAGUGUAAUUUAGGCUGUGAGAUAAUGAAUACUCAGGGGUUGAAAGGGAAAGCUAAAGUUUUAUGGUGAGUGAAGCAGCACUACUUGUAGGGCAGUAAUAAAGGAACAAAUUCUUUUAAACAUGGACUGAGUGCUCUGGUGUCUCCACUUAGAAAUAUCAACACCUUCACCCCCAUGAACAGAGAGUGUGCUCCCAUGCAGGAGGCCAUGGGAAUGACUUCCAAAACAAGGAUGCUCCCAAGGGUCAUCAAAAUGUUGUCCUUCUGUGUUUUCCAGCUUUUAUCAGACUACAGAAAAUCCAUUUAAUGUGCCCCCCCAAAAAAAUCAGAAGUGGCACCAGCCUGUCUAGUAUGGACAUCCAAAGCAGAAUCUAGGCUUGUCAGAACUGCUUCUUUAUCCUCUGAGUACUGACAUGUUAGGUUGGCCCCUGAAUUAGCAGGUUGCAAUCUUGAAUUAGCAUUUCCCCCUUCUGACAAGAAGGCUUACCCACUGGCUCUCCCCACGCUUUUGUCUAUCAUCCUGGAGCUACCUUAUGCUUGCCUUUUUGUGCACCCAUAUGAUUUAUAUGGGGACGUGGGUGGCGCUGCGGUCUAAACCACAGAGCCUAGGGCUUGCCGAUCAGAAGGUUGGUGGUUCGAAUCCCCGCGACGGGGUGAGCUCAUGUUGCUCGGUCCCAGCUCCUGCCAACCUAGCAGUUUGAAAGCACGCCAAAGUGCAAGUAGAUAAAUAGGUACCACUCUGGUGGGACGGUAAACGGCAUUUCUGUGUGCUGCUCUGGUUUCACCAGAAGCGGCUUAGUCAUGCUGGCCACAUGACCCAGAAGCUGUCUGUGGACAAACGCUGGCUCCCUCGGCCAGUAAAGGGAGAUGAGCAUCGCAACCCCAGAGUCGUCCACUACUGGACCUAACGGCUGGGGUCCCUUUACCGAUGAUUUAUGGGACUCUCACAGGGAUCUAAAAACACACAAUGCGUGAACUGGUUUGCCCAGACAUAUGGCACAGUUCUGUAAUAGCAUGCUGGGAAGUAUCAAGCAAUCAUCUGGAGGCUUUUAGAAAUAUUGAUAUCCCGCCUUUUAUACCAGGAGCUUAAGGCUGCAUCCUUAUUCCAUUUUCAUUCUCGCAACAACACCCUGAGACAGAUAAUGCUGACAGGAAUGACUGGCCCAGAAUUACCCAGUGAGUUUCACUGGUGAAAGGGGAUUUGAAUGGAGAUCUCUCCUCUCCUAGCCUGACACUAGGCUAACUACUACACAACUUUGCCAUGUGAACAGACACUUAAAAGAGAGGUGCAAAUGCCAAUAUUAAAGAUAAACAAGAAACCUGUCACGCACUGCAUUCCUUUAGGUUAACUUAAAACCCUUAGUCAAUUAGUUGAAAUCUUCAUCAAACUAUGCUAAGGAGGAAACCAAGUCUUCCAUCAGUUUUCCGCCCAGAAAGUGACAUGGAUAAAUUAGAGGAGAGAUUGAUGCCUUUGCUCAGGGUUUUAUGACAAAAAGAGAUCUGUAAACUACGAGUGAACUUCCUAUCUGCAUUUCAGACUCGGUUGCAUGCAGGGUAAUAAAUCAGCUGGGUUUUAAUGGGCAAAUGGAUAGCUAAGCUUGAGGGAUACUUCUUGACUCUUAAGAGUUACCUACUCCGCAGAGCAAUGUGAUUUCUGUUUAUCCUAGCAAUCAUUUCAUUAAAAUGUAGUUUAUAAAUAGACACAGCAAUACGACCCCAUUCUUCUCCAUCAGAGACUUAUUGGUAGAUCAGCAUGGCUAAAUCAGAGGAUUGUGGAGGGAAUGUAAAUUAGGAUCAGGGCCAGAAACUUUGUUCUGUACAUUUGCAGCCGCAGUCAAGCACAUGGAUCACUGGCGGUUCACCUCUGUGACAUCACAAAGUUGCCUCCCCUGGAGCAAUUUGUUAGCUUUGAAAAAUUGGCAAAAGAAAAGAAAAGAAGAAAAGAAAAAGGCUUUCAGGGGUACCCAAACUUUUUUCAAAGAGGGCCAGAUUUAAUGAAGUGAACAUGCGUAAGGGCCGACCAAAGUUGAGCUUUUUAAAGGAUUUUACCCCAGGACAUACACUGCCACAGGGGCCGGAUAAAAUUGACAGGCAGGCCAGAUUAGGCCCUCGGAACGGACUUUGGACAUGCCUGGCUGAAUUGAAUAAAUGUACAUAUGGGGUAAGCCAAUAGCAAAAUCGGCAUUGAUUUGCAGGCAGGUGCAACAGCCUUUUUUCACAGCGAGGUUAGGUCAAAAAAUGAAUUUACCCCAUAAAUUUAGGGGAAGGGGCUUGGAUCAGGAGAGCAACCUGGGUACUUCUCUCCCUGAUGGGACAAGUUCGAUAGGUGAAUUUUAAACUACAUGGAUGAAACUUGAUGUCAGGUUUAAAAUUAAACCGUGCAGGUUGAAGCACUCUGUGGCAGGAGCAUAGGGAGGGGUGUCCUGAAGGGGUGACAAAAUGGCACGCCGCCGGGGGGGGGGCAGCAUCUACCACGGGGCCUAGCCUGCAGCACGCCCAGGCCACGCGUCUCUCCUGGGAGUGACGCGGUGGCUCGGGGCCCCGUGCUGCCAGAAACAGCAGCGUGGGGCUUGCGUCCGCCAGGCAGACUCCGUGCACGGAUUGCCAUGGCGCCCCCAUAGGCGGAUCACCCCGCCCCCAGUGCUCCGGGUGCCAGAAUAGCUAGCUACCUGCACUGUGGAUGGCAUUUUCAAACCCUAACUUCAAAGUGCCAGGUGCAGCUCUCUGCAAAGCUUGGAACAGGCUUUGCAGAUGCCACCAAUCAGUAGUGCUUGCAAAUCCCUUUUGUUACCCAGCUGCAUCUUUGUAUGGACCAUUAGAUACAAUGCAUUUUUCAAAAAUAAAGGGUGGCCUGGGAAGGGCUGUAGCUCAGUGGCAGAGUGCAUGCUUUGCUUGCAGAAGGUUUAACCCCCAGCAGCCACAGGCUGCGUGGCAAAGAUUCCCAUCGGAGACACUAAAGAGCCUUGGCCAGUCCAUGUUGACUGUUAUGUACUGAAGUUCUCACCCUGGGCCAGCAGGAGGAUACUGUAGAUAGUUUUCACUCAGGUCCACAUAUGCAAAUACGGGAUUGAAAGUGACGUUCAGUGAUUGGAUAGUUACAGAAAAUGGUUACUGUUGCAUUGUAGUGGAGCUCUAUAUAAGCAGGCUGGCUGAACCCUUCAGUUCAGUUCUGUUCUGGCCUGUGAAUAAACAAGAGCUGUUUGAAGAAUCGCUGUGUCGUCUGAUAUGUUCACCCACAACUUAACACUGACAAUGCUGAGUUAGACGGACCAAUGGGCUGUCUCCGUAUAAGGCAGCUUCCUAUGUUCCUGUCUCUAAAUAUAUAAUUUAAAAGGCGCUUCAUAUUUUAUAUAUGUAAUCUGUGUCCACUGUCCAUGUUAGAUGUAAAGCCCUGUUAAAGAGGUGUGAUAUCUAUCCAUUUUAUCUUUGAUUGUACAACAGCAUUUCUGUACUGGCUGAGAGACUUAGACCUACAGUUUGAUUAUUUAAACAAACCCUCUCUUUUCUACCUGGAAACUAACAUGCUUUCUGUGUGGUGUGUUUUUAGCCUGCUGUUCACUAAGUAGCCAUAGGAAAUUAUUUGAUUGUGAACUGAAAGAUUCAGUGAGCCAAUAUAAUCAGUCUCCCGCAAGCCCACCUGACUGCAGAAUGCAAUACUACAGUCUGCUUCCUCUUUCUCCCUCCCUGUGUCACUUUCAGACUUGUUCCAUUUUUCCACUGCGGGGCAAGCUUUUCACACUCCCCAGAUGUAGCUGGUUAGAGCUUGUUCUGGCAGGCAGAGGCUCCAGAUGUUACAUUUACCGGCUUGCGUAUAACCUUUGUGUUCGAUCAUCUAUAUGAUGUUCCCAGCAUGGAAAUACUGUUUCCCAUCCCCGUUCCAUUUUGCUAUUACAGCAGGAAAUCGUGGAUAAAUGUUGUGCUCCAUCUCACUUCUUCCAGUGCUAAAAUACUAAGCUCUAUGGGUGAGUUCAGUAUGGGUGAAUGUUUAAUUGAGUGCUGGAGGUAGUUUGGGAAUUAAAAAAUAAGGAGUUUAAUAAGCUACUAAAAAAGAUAUAUUUUUUAAUGCUUCUCUCUCUUAGAGGGCCAUCAUUCAGUCAGCUUUGAAAAGCUUGCUGCCCCCCCCUCCAUAGGAGAAAAUUGAACAUAAGAACUAUGCAGGAUUAGACCAAAGGCCAUCAAUUCCAGCAUCCUAUUCUUACCAGUGUUCGAAACUCCCAUUGCUCUAGGCGCAUUUUGCAACAGGGAAUUUCAUUAGCGCGAGCAGUUUCUGAGCUCUGGGUGCCGUACUGUGCCUAAGAUUUCAGAUUAAAACUGCAGAGUAGAAGGAAAGGAGGACCUUUUUCCUGCCUCCCCACUUCCAUCUACUGAAGACCGGAGAAGAGACCCUCUUAAGAAUAUUAGGUGGGUGGGCAGGGGAAGGACUACACCAUGUGAAAAAUGUAUGCAAUAUUUUAGCUGCAGUUCAUUUUCAGCUUUGUAUUCUUGCUAUAAAAAAGUGCGCCUAGGCAUUCAGUUGUUGAGUCCCCAACCUAGGUUUUAAGGUGCCAUUUAGCUCCUAUCUUUCCUAUCUCAGUUUCUAACACUGAUUCUUACAGCGGCCAACCAGAAGCCCACAAACAGGAACUGUCUCCACUUGUGAUUCCCAGCAACACUUCUUCAGAGGCAGAAUGCCUCCAGCUGUAGAGGUAGAACAUAGAAACACUAGCCAAGACGGAGCCUAUGUUUCUGAUUUAAAUCAGAGGCCCAUUUCACUCUUAUGCUCAGAAAAAAAGUUUACUUCCGAUGAUAUAAAAAAAAGCAUUGUCUGCUCCUAGAAAAAGUUGCUGGUUUUGGUGGCUCAUCUAUCAGGACAGGACACAAAUCCUGGUCAGUUAACUGUGUCCUCUGAGUGCAGGGAAAUUCAUGGGGGUAACCGAAAGUUUCCAAUCGUCAUUCCUGCCACCAGUUUAUCUACUUACUCUUGGGGGAGGCCGAUGCGUAGGAGGCAAGGUAAAUUGUGCAGAGAUGCAGCUUUUGAGGAUUAUGGGAGACUUCCACUAUUUCAUUUGCUUUAUCUCUCACAGCACACACAAGAACUUCUCUUACAGCAGUUGUUGCAGGAAUGACGGCUGAGAAGAAGCAGAUCAUUGAUAAAGCAGACUAAAUAAAAUGUGGCUCUUUCCUGGUAACGUAGGACUAAGUCAGCCCCUUGGUGGUACAUCGGCUCAGUAUAAUCUAUGAAUGGCACCAGCUCUCCAGGUUGUUCCCAGGCAUAUGUCCUUCCCAGGCUUAUCUGAAGACACUGGGGACUAUACUUGGGACCUUGUAGAUGAAAAAUAUCUGCUCUGCCACUGAGCUUUGGCCUCGCUUCCUUGCCUACUGCAUAGUUCCCAUGAGCAUUCAGAGCAUAGCAAAAAAGUUACUGGAAUUAUUGACCUCACACUGUUCAUCCUCUUUGAACCCUCAGGGGAGCUUGCAGUACAAAACAAUGUAAAAUAGCUAUCAGACUGUUAUAACAAGUUAAUAAGCAACUGGUCACCAGCAGUAAUAAAUGCUAAGAACAACCAGCCAGAUCAACAAACCUGAGCAGUCAGAAUUUGCAAGCAUUUCCAUAAAAUGCACACCUAAAGUGCUUUUGUCUGCAGCUCAAUAAAAGCACACAGUGAGGUGGUGUGCUGAAUUCCCUGCAGCAGUUUUACAGUUUGGGGGGCCACAGACAAGAAGGUGCUCUCCUGUGCUUUGAAGGUAAGGAACAGCACCUUGAAUUGAGCCUGGGAACAAGGUGGGAGCCAGUGCAACUAAUGUAAUAUCCGUGUGAUCUGCGUUCAAACAAAUAGGCUGCUGUCAGCAGUCAGCUGCUGCAUUUGUAGUCUGAACGCGCAGCUGCUGUGCUUCAAUGGAUAUCUUUAGCUCUUAAAAUUCUGACCACAAAGCUGACCCUGCUGUUUGUAGGACUGAGGUAAAGGAUAUUGUUCCCCUAGGCCAGCUGGAAUAUUCCUGGAGGACACACUGCUUUGAUGGCCAACUCUGCCUGAGAUAGUUGCAUAGUUUCAUGCAAGGUGAGGCAAAUUCCCUUAGGACUCCUGCAGGAAACACCAGCGUUCCUCACAGCAAAUAUAUAAAGGGUGAAUGUAAUAAAUGCAUGCCCAUACGUCUUUAAGCAAGCAUGUAGAGAGGUCUGGGAAUCUCAAUUAGACCAAGGUUUCAAGGGGUGGGUGGGUGGGUGGGUGUAUAAUUUUAUGUAUUUGCUGUAGGAAAACUGGUGUAACAUGGUUGUUUCCUUGAGUUAUCGUAAUGUGCAGAACUGCUUAGAUAUUUGUCCAUAAGAAGACGCCAGAUUCAUUCCUCAAGGUACUCAUAGCAUAAUGGUUAAUCGUUCCCUGAUUCUCAGAUAUUUGCCCUAGAUAUUUGCCAGAGGCCCUUUGUAUGCAUGAUAUCUAAUUCUGCCCCAACGCCUUCCUUCAGACCCUUAAUUGGCAAUACAGUGCUACCUCAGGUUAAGUACUUAAUUCGUUCUGGAGGUCCGUUCUUAACCGGACCUCCAGAACCACUUUAGCUAAUGGGGCCUCCCGCUGCUGCUGCGCUGCCGGAGCACAAUUUCUGUUCUCAUCCUGAAGCAAAGUUCUUAACCCGAGGUACUAUUUCUGGGUUGGCGGAGUCUGUAACCUGAAGCGUAUGUAACUCGAGGUACCACUGUACAAAGAUUUGCCAUAUAUAUCAACUCUGUGUGUACAACAAACGAACAGGACACAGGACACAAAGGCUACUAGAAUAGAAACAAAAUAAAAAAAUUCCUUCCAGGAGCACCUUAGAGACCAACUAAGUUUGUUAUUGGUAUGAGCUUUUGUGUGCAUGCACACUUCUUCAUGUACAUGCACACGAACGCUCAUACAACAACGCGAGUGGCGGAUGGGACACGGGUGGCACUGUGGGUUAAACCACAGAGCCUAGGACUCACUGAUCAGAAGGUCAGCGGUUCGAAUCCCCGCGACCGGGUGAGCUUCUGUUGCUUGAUCCCUGCUCCUGCCAACUAGCAGUACGAAAGCACGUCAAAGUGCAAGUAGAUAAAUAGGUACUGCUCCAGCGGGAAGGUAAACGGCGUUUCCGUGCGCUGCUUUGGUUCGCCAGAAGUGGCUUAGUCAUGCUGGCCACAUGACCCGGAAGCUGUACGCCGGCUCCCUUGCCCAGUAAAGCGAGAUGAGCGCCACAACCCCAGAGUCGGCCACGACUGGACCUAAUGGUCAAGGGUCCCUUUCCCCUUUACCUUUAAGGUGCUACUGGAAGGAAUUUUUUUAUUUUGUUUCGACUAUGGCAGACCAACACAGCUACCUACCUGUAACUGCUACUAGAAUAGGUUCAUUUUGACAUUAUAUGGUUUGUGUCACCUUUUUGAAAACCCAGCAACAUCCUGAGAAUUGCGCUCAAAUUUCUUUGUGAAAUGGAGCAAUAAAGGAGCAGAAUGUGAUCCUCGGAAAGUAUCUCAUGUGCAUCACAAUCAGAGAGAAGCUAGAUGUUUCUUGGCUGCCCUUUCCCUUCUCUGUAGCACCCAGCCACUCUGACUCCAGUGCUGGAAAGGCAAUAUUGCUUGCUGCUUUAGUUUUCUGAAUGUGACAGUGACUAGCCGUUGGGGGAGGUUGUUGACCUGCCACUGGUUAACUUUCGUGUGUGUGUGUUGUGUGUGUUGUGUGUACCCACAUAUGUGCUCCUUUUUUUGUUCUUCUUAGUUGUUCUGUGCGCGAGCAACACUGUUGAGUAGAUGGAAGCUGAGCUGGAGCAGGAAGGGUUUUCCUUCCCCCUCCUUCUCCCCCCCCCCCGCCUCUCUUGCUCUCCUGGCAGUCCCAGACUCCAGAUGUUCAGAAUGCUAGUUGGGAAGUCCUGCUGGCGCCACUCAGGGCAGAGGGCAGAGGAAAGGCACGCGAGCUGGAACCCAAAGCACUCAGUCACUGCAGGAUUUGGCACACCCCCAGCUUUCUGCUGGCACAUUCCCCAGCACUCUCCUAGCCAUCUGUUCCAAAAAAACACUUUCAGAACCUCAUCAUCACUCAGGAUACAACAUUGAGAGCAGCUGUUAGGGAGGCAGGAGGGGGAGGGAGCCCUGCAAAAGGUCUCUUUGUGAGAGAGGAAACGGGCUUAUAAAUAACAGAAUAGUUGCUGCUCAAUAAAAGCUUUCGGCUAAAAUUUGUUUCUGUUUAUAAUUACGUGUGUGUGUGUGUGUGUGUGUGUGUACAUGCAGAGAAUUAAAAAUAAAAGGAUCAUAAUGUAAAAUGUUGUACAAUAUUGGUGUACCAAUACUUUGUUGCUGCUCGUUAGGGGUCAGAUUGAAAUAAAAUCAAGCACAAAGAACAAAACAAGUUUUUCACUCGAGGUUUCCUUGACAGCCUUUUUUGAGGGGUGCAAGCUUUUACUUUUAGAAUGCAAAAGGAGGACAUGAGACAAAUGUUUUAUGACAAUAAGAUUGCCUAUAAUCUAAGUUAGAAGGUGAUGAAUAAAUCAAUGGUGAUAAUAACCAAUUUGGUUGCAGUUGGUUGAACUACCCGCCCCCCCAAACACAACCCCCCCCCCUGCAUUGUUGCAAUGGUCAUGCAUCCUGAUCAUAGUUACUUAGAACUAAGCCCUACUGAGCUUAAUGUAGCCUAUUCCCAAAUAACUGUGUGUAAUAUUGCAGUUUUAAGUGCCAAGGAGAGUUUAGGAGAUUUCAGGACUUAAACUUCUGGGUCCAUGAGCAAUUUUUCUUAAACAACUACUAUGUAGUUUACUCUGUAAGGUUUGGAAUUGCAGAUUGCUUGUGCAAAUUGGAGGGACGUGGGUGGCGCUGUGGUCGAAACCACUAAGCCUCUUGGGCUUGCCGAUCAGAAGGUUGGCGGGUUGAAUCCCUGCGACGGGGUGAGCUCCCAUUGCUCUGUCACAGCUCCUGCCAACCUAGCAGUUCGAAAGCACACUCCGGCAGGAAGGUAAACAGCAUUUCCGUGCGCUGCUCUGGUCUCGGUGUUCCGUUGCGCCAGAAGCGUCUUAGUCAUGCUGGUCACAUGACCUGGAAAAACGGUCUGCAGACAAGCGCCGGCUCCCUUGGCCUGUAAAGUGAGAUGAGCACCACAACCUCAGAGUCGUCUGCGACUGGACUUAACUGUCAGGGGUCCUUUACCUUUAACCUUGUGCAAAUUGGUCAAGCAGCUCUUUUUGCAUAUGUACAUGACACUUACAAGAGCCACACAAUUCUUGUGUAGCACCAGUUAUAUAAAAGUAGCACCCAAUGAAGUAAUUUAAUAUUCUUGAAAUAAGGGUACAACCAUGGUAUAGAUGUUGGGACACAGGUGGUGCUGUGGGUUAAACCACAGAGCCUAGGACUUGCCAAUCAGAAGGUUGGCGGUUCGAAUCCCCGCAACGGGGUGAACUCCCGUUGCUCGGUCCCAGCUCCUGCCAACCUAGCAGUUCGAAAGCACAUCAAAGUGCAAGUAGAUAAAUAGGUACCGUUCUGGCGGGAAGGUAAACGGCGUUUCCAUGCACUGCUCUAUUUGGCCAGAAGCGGCUUAGUCAUGCUGGCCACAUGACCCAGAAGCUGUACGCCGGCUCCCUCGGCCAAUAAAGCGAGAUGAGCGCCGCAACCCCAGAGUUGUCUGCGACUGGACCUAAUGGUCAGGGGUCCCUUUACCUUUACCCUAUGGUAUAGAUAUGAGCUGGGAUUCAGUUGUGGCAGACCUCGGCAUCUCAUGUUUCAUGGAUGACUCCAAAAUCUGCUGCCACCGCCGCCUCUCACCUUCCAUUGGAAUAAUGGUGGCAAAGCCUACUUGGGCACCCCAUAAGCUCUGAGCCGGUGUAACUGCAACAGGCGCACUCCCCAUGAGCCAUCUCUGUUCAGUGUUGUGCCGUUAUGAUAAUUACAUCAGCAUCUCUGCUUGCCAGACAGAACAACCUGCCAUCUCCUCUGCCAGCAUGCUGUUCUGAAGGUUUUCCUGACCCACACCUCCCAAGGCAGUUGAGGGGCACUUGGGGAGGGGGAGGAAGCCUCGUCACCCAAGCGGGACUCAUUGCAGUAGCUGCUACUAGCAGAAAUAAACAGCUGAAUCUGGCCCACUGUGUGAUAAUCACCAUAUCCAUAACUAUAGUUGCUUACUGAUAACCAAAAAUGUUAAGUGAUUGAAUGGGGUGGCAUUUAACUAUAGAUUCAUGGGAGAAAAGUUUGAAGGGAGUUGGGUAUGUUUAGCCUGGAAAAGCAUGGAGUGAGACGCAAUAUAAUGUCCAUCUCAAAUAUUAGAAGGGCCCAAUGGGUAAGACGCAGGCCAAUAGGUACAAAUUCCAACACACACACACACGAAAAGAUUUGAAACUUCCUUGUGAUAUGAGCAGCUCAGCAGUGGAACAGACUGCCUUAGGAGGUCUCAUUCAGUAGAAGUUUUUUUUAAGCAGAGGCUGAUCCAUCUAGCAGGGAUACUAGUGGAUUUCCUUCAGCAGCAGGGGGCUGGACUAUAGAUGACCUUUGAGAUUCCUUGCCCCUCUAUGAUCCUUUAAUGCGAGCAACCCAGCAAAAGUUAGUUGGGAAUACAUCCUGCAUGAGUAUAUAGCACGAGCAUUUGCAUGUUUAGUCAAGUUAGUAAGUUGUUUAAUAGGACAAGUGCAUGGGGUUAAGUGUGCAUGGAAUUAGAGCCUUACAGCACAGUCCUACAGCUGUGGCAUUCUGGGCCAGCAUCUUCCUUGAAGUCUUGUGCAUGGUUAGUUCAGACUCCAUUAGCUCAUUGGCAUUUUACAUGCCUUUCUUCUUCUUUUGCUCAAGCAUUCAGAUGGUUAGCUAGAUAGCACUAGAGAUGCCCGAAAGUGGUUUUAAGCAUUACAUGUGACUAGGGCCUUCAUCACAAACUAAUGUUUGCUAGAUCAGUCACAGUACUGUUACAUGCACACCAGUGUCCAAGCAGACAUAUUUCAAGGAUGCAUAUUUCAAGUCUGCAUUCCUUAGAAUGAAGGUUAUUGGCAACUGUGCUGUAUAUGGUUUUAUUUACACAUAUAUACAGGCUGGGCAUAAGCUGGAAGGUGUUGCAGCAUCAACACCCCAACAGAUCUUUCUCCCCCAUUAGUUUUGGAAGCUUGGGAGCAAAGUUGUAAAUUCAGAUUAGGCAUACAGAGGGAGUAAGCCCAGCCCAAGACAAAAACUGCCCUCACAUCUGCUGUUCUCUUAUCUUCACCAGUGACAUCACCUCCAUCCAGGCAAGAGGGGACCAUCUGGAAGUGUCUCUAGCUGGUAGUUUUUGUGCUAACCAAUCACCUAUAUUAUUUGGUCAUGCAAAGAGAUACUUAACAAAGAGACUGGUUGCAACAUGGCUUGGCUGUAAACCAAGAUGGAUGCAUGAAUCCUUUGCUCUCUUCAGACUUCUUGGAGGAAGAAGAAAGGUCUGUGAUGGCGGAAGGCCCAGGGAAGGUGUCAAAGCCCACUAAAACAGUGGCCCCAGUCAGUGACAGUUCUGAACUGAGUACUUCCAGCUUUCUCACCUGCUCUCAACCAAAAACAUUUAUAGAUCAUUUUUUAUUGCUAUGCAGUGAGAGGUGUGUGCAGACCUUGAGCAGUGUGCAGAAUCUUAAUUGUCAGGGCCAAGGACUGCACAUCCAUCAGGAUUUGAGCCAAGAGACACUUGAGCAUGGGAAGUCCUCCUAGAUCAUAGGUGCUUAGAAAGGCAGGCAUUGUCAUGAACAGUCGGAUACAACUAAACGACAACAACAAACAUGGUCAUGCCUGUGCAGAGCUUGUCUGAGGCCUGGGGCAGGAGUCUUGUUGGUUAUCCACAAGGCUUUUGAUAGUCUUGAAUGGCCCUUUUUUCUUAAACUGCUGGAAAAAUUGUGAUUUGGUCAGAGGUUUUUAGAUAGAUCUAGUAAAACAAUGUUCUCAUUUGGUCACUGCAAUUUGGGUCAAAGUGCUGGACUUGUGGUUGCAGUGAGGAGGGUGACAAAGCAGGGUUGUCGCCUUCCCCCUUCCUCUUUACAAUUGUGGCUGAGGCUUUAGCAUAUAAGAUAAGCGCCAGUUAUGACAUUAAAGAAAUUAAGAUCAGCAAUGAAAAACAGGCCAUAAGUUUUUUUGCUGAUGAUACCUUGAUAAUGAUAUCAGAUUCAGAGGCAGGGAUUUCAGAACUGAAAGUGGAACUUGCUAAUUUGCAGGAGGUCACUGGUUUAGAGGUAAACUAUGCAAAAUCCUUUCUUGCAUACCUUAAUCUACUACGGCAGGUGUCUUGUGGCACUUAUGGCCAAUACAGGUCUACAGGGAGCAUGCUUUAAAUAUUUAGGAGCAAUGGCAACAAAAUGUUUAGCAGAGCUUCGGCAGUGCAACUCUAGCUGCUGCUGAAGUCAUGGCAAGCCCUUACUCUCUCUCGGUAUGGCUGAUUAUUGCCGUUAAGAUUAUGUUCCUGACAAAGCUUUUAUUUAUGUUUCUAACAUUGCAUACAGAGUUCCACCUUGCCCUCUUGCAGUGGUGGCAAAGGUGUAUUGAAGACAUCUGCCACGGGGGAAAGCAAGCUAGAGCAAGCAAAACAGUGCCAUGCACCAAGCCUUGGUCUGUGAGGAAGUCAUUGCCUGAAUGUCAGUGGCCAUGAGGUCACUCGCCAGGCAGCUGGUUCUGUGUGGCAGCUGCUGCACUUAAAACAAAAUAAAAGGUGACACAGCGGUGGCCAGGCAGCUGCAGCGCAUUCUUCUGCUCCUCCAACUGGAGCAAGAGGCUCAGUGUGCCUAGCCUUGAGAAGAUAGUAAGUGCAUGCUUGCGACCACAUGUGCACGCAGUGAGGAGUUGUGACCAAUCCCACUUUCCCAGUGGAAACCCUAUAAUGCAACCCUAUAAUACAUAUUUGCAGAAUGUGUUCGCUUCAUACCUGCAUGCAUCUAGUAUGUAUUGUGGAAAGUGGUUUGUCUGCCUGCCUAUUCUCUAUGGGUUCUGUUGCCUCCCAAGAUAGGUAAAGGUAAAGGGACCCCUAACUAUUAGGUCCAGUCAUGACCGACUCUGGGGUUGCGGUGCUCACCUUCUUUAUUGGCCGAGGGAGCCGGUGUACAGCUUCCGGGUCAUGUGGCCAGCAUGACUAAGCCGCUUCUGGCAAACCAGAGCAGCGCACGGAAACGCCGUUUACCUUCCUGCCAGAGCGGUACCUAUUUAUCUACUUGCACUUUGACGUGCUUUCGAACAGUUAGGUUGGCAGGAGCAGGGACCAAGCAACAGGAGCUCACCCCAUCGCGGGGAUUCAAAUCGCCAACCUUCUGAUUGGCAAGUCCUAGGCUCUGUGGUUUAACCCACAGUGCCACCCGCGUCCCGCCUCCCAAGAUAUCAUUGCCCAAUUGGACAUGUUGCCCAAUAUAGCAGGAUAGAAAAUGUGUUGAAGCGCUUUGUCUGUCCUGAAUCUUCCAACAUUCAUCUUCACUGGAUGUACAUAAUUUCUAGUGUUAGGAGAUAGGGAGGGAAAAUGUCUCUCCAUCCAUUUUCUUCACACUAUACAUAACUCCACGUACCUCUCUCUAAUCUCCUCCUACCUUAUCUCUAAACUAACCCCCCUCACCCGAAAAAAUGUUGAAACCUUUGCUCAUAGGGUAGCUGCUGCAUUCUAUUUUCGAAACGUUUUCCAACUCAAUAUCCUUUUGGGAUUGAGACAACCAGAACUGUACACAUUAAUCUAAGUGUUGUUGUACCAUAGAUUUCUAUCAUUGUAUUAUGACAGUGGCAGAUUUAUUUCUCAUUAAACUUCUUUGAGAUUUUUGUUUACAAUCAAGUGAUAUAUAAAUAUUGUGAAGUAACUAAAUUAAUAUUUUAAUCCUUUGCUCAAUGAUCCCUAGUAUGGAAUUCACCUUUAUUUAAGCAGUUACUGCAAACUGGGAUGAUAUCUUCUUGGAGAUAUCCACCAUGACCCUGAGGUCUCAUUCUUGGUCAUUCAAUGGCAGUUUAGACCCCAAGAGCAUAUACAUGAGAUUAAGAGAAUAAUGUAUAUUAACAAUUUGUUUGACCCCCAACGUGAUACCACUUUACACUUGUUUACAUUGAAUUGCGCUUAGCAUUUUAUUACCCAUUCACUCACUUUGGAGCUCUUUGCAAUCUCUUUUUCUUUUAAACAUCCGGAACAAAUUGAUAUCAUCAUCAAACUUAGCUACCUCAUUCCUCACUCUUAACUCUAGAUCAGUGGUUCCCAAUUAGCUAAUUACUGAGGACCCCCUAUUUUUCGAAAGCUGAGCCAUGGAUCCCCUACUUUUGAAAAUGGUACCUGGGCCCCUAAUUGGAAACCACUGCUCUAGAUCAUUUAUGAACAAGUUAAAAAACACAUGUCCCAAUAUUGCUGCUGCGGGACUCCACUUCUUAAUUCCGCGUCCAUGUAUGCCUACUCUCUGCUUCCUGCUAUUUACCCAGUUCCUCUCAUCUUAGUCUAUGACCGCUAAGUUUAUUCAGGAAUCUUUGGUAAGGUACUGUGUUAAAAGAUUUUUGAAAACCUAAGUGUGCAGUGUCAACUGGGUCACCUCGAUCUAUGCACUUCUUAGCCCUGCCAGAGAACUAAUAGGUUGGUGAAGGAGGAUUUACUCUUGCAGAAGCCAUGCUGUUUCUGCUUCAGCAAGACUUCUUCUAUAUGCUUGGUAUUUUUAUAUUUGACAAUGCUUUCCACCAGUUCUCCCAGAAGACACCUUAAGGUAACCACUCUAUAGUUUCCUGGAUCUAUUUAAAAAAUUGGCGUUGCAUUGUCUGCUUCUCAGUUCUCAGGUACAGAGAGGCUGAUCACAUGGGAAGAAUAAUCCUUCUAAUCAAUAGAAGAAUCAGACAUGGGAUAAAUUGCAUUAAACAUUACAGAGCAGGAAAGGGGAGAACUCAACAUGUGGUUGCUGUUUUCUGAAGCAACUUGUGCUUCUUAAAAUACUCUUACAUCCCAUUAAUUCCAAGUAAGACUGUGACCAUAAUCAUUUUUUACUUUACUUCCUGGGCCACCAUAAUAUUUCUUCUUAGAUGCUUGUCUAGACAGCAUUCAGUUCUGUGGGAUGUUACGUCUGCCUCCACACACUGUAAUCAAAAUUAUCACUUAGGAAAAUAAUUCUUCUAGUCAAUCGAAGAAUCAAGAGUGAUUCCUACUUGGUUGUCAGAUGUUCUAAUAAAAUGUCUUUUUUUCUCUCUAGGAGUAACAACUGAACAGGGUGAAUCCAGUGACAGUCCCAUCCCAUGUUGUCAUAGUACACAUUGUCCAACUGAGAACACAACCUUUCCUUAAGAUGAAGACUGCCAACAAGAACUCUCUGGAUGUGAGAAACCCAUCCAAGAAGUUGCAGAUGCUUUCUUCUGACGUCAUUCUCUUCUUAAGCCAAUCACAGUCUAGUAUGUGCAAUGUAUUGAGCACUUUCCCCCUUUGCUUAUUACCCCCAGCAAUAUAGUGUACUGCGUUUUCACUGUAAAUGCCAAAGAUCUGGUGGAGAUUAUACACUUGUCACUCAAUCUAAUGAAUAUGAUCCACUAGCAAAAGCAGUCCUCUGCAUGUAUCAGGAGCCAUCAGCAUGAAUCAGAUUUGCUGUGGGAGUCGUUGAUUACUUUCAAUGGAAUGCACAUUGAAAUGUGUCUUCCGUCUGGGUUCGGAAGUGAAUGGAAAUGUAAAUCCCAGGGGAAGAGAUGAAAUGCAGACAAAUGGGUGCAUUCGGAUGAUGUACAUCUGAUGUAUGCUUGUGAUUCCUGAUGUGUGUGGACACUUGCUUUGGGCUGUGACAUCAGGGUCUUGUUUUUUACUUAUAUGGCACCGUCCUGGAGUAGAAAAAUUCCCAACAUUCCCUUAUAUAAUGUCAUUAUCACUCCCAGAUCAUACUUCGUAAAUCUUUCUUUCUUUAUUAUUUUUUAAUCAUCCAUUUGAACGGAUCUUUCUGAAGCACUGAAACCAGGAUUUGAAGGAAGAAGCAUCUAAGACAUACCAACGUUUGUUCCAAAAUUAUUGAUUUUUCUUACUUUCAGCAAGAAAGUUCUGUUUCUUUGAUAGUUUUUCACACAAACACACACACACAGGGAGUAAAAUAAUGACAAAAAAGAGAACUGCUAACAUAUUUUCAUAUUUUAAACUUGUCAUUUAACCCAAUGUAUUAACCUUUAUACCAAAAAAAGAAAAAGAAAAAAAGAAAACAAAGGAUAAAGAGCAAGAAUGUAAAGUAGCAGAACUAUUCCAAAACUGUUUGUCAAGUCAUAUUUUGGAAUGUAGCAAUGUUUAAAAACACAUGUAAUGCAAAGGCAUUUGAAUUCUAUAUUGUAUCUUUCACUUCAAAUUGAAGUAAAAAAAAAAAGGUAUAGAAAAAACUCACUUGGAGUAAGCAGGCAUUAUAAAUAGUUCCUGUCAUACAUAAGGCGUCUGCUAAAAAUGAAGAAUAUAAUUCAGUCUCACAGUCAAAUAAUAUGGCCUUUUGAAGUCAAAUGAAAUGGUUGUACGAAGUAGUUAAAUUUGGGUUUCUGUUAUUUCAGUAUAAAUUGGGUAUUGAUUUACAAAAUGCAAUGGGUUUGAAACUAGCCUUUUUGUACCUAUCAGGUUGGGAGACAUCAACAAGUAAGUUACUCUUAUCUUAUUAUAUGUAUUAGAACAAGACUAUAUCCUACACUAGACUAAGCUAAAAUGCAGAAUUCUGGACUGUUCAGUUGAUGUCCACCACUUUCACUGCACUGAAGGGCUUCUAUAUACUUUCUCCCUCUGGCGUGGUGAUGGUGGGUUAAUACUAGAGAUAAACCCCAGGAGGAAUAGGACAAAAAAGCUGGACUGUCAGGAGUAUCUCUGGAGCUACAAAAUUGAUUCCAAGCCCUCACCUUGGACACCAGUUCUCAGCCAGAGGAGCAAGUACAGCAGUUGCAGACCUCAGAACACACCAAGGUAGCAGCUGAAGGUUCAGUGUGAUUUCUGCUGCUUCCCAGAGAAGGAAAAGAGACAUGUGGUGGUGGCAGGUGACUCCCUAUGGAGGAGGGAGCAGAGGAAUGACUCAUGGUUUGUAUUGUCUCUACACAAAUGCAGAGAGUAUGGGAAACAAGCAAGAAGAACUUGAGCUCUUAAUACUGAAUGGUAAAUAUGACCCAGAAGACACUACUGAAACCUAGUGGGAUGAGACUCAGGACUGGAAUGUAGAAACUGAGGAAUACAAGCUGCUCAAAUGGAAUUGAUCAAACAGGAAGGGAGGAGGAGGAGAUAUUGUAGUAAUAGGAGACUUCAACUAUCUUGAUAUCUGUUGGAUCUCAAACUCAGCCAAGAAUGUAAGGUCCAACAAAUUCCUCAGUUGCCAUGCUAACAAUUUCCCAGAAUUUGGAAGAAGUAACAAGGGGGUCAUCUCUCUUGGACCUGGUCCUCACCAACAGGAAGGAACUGACUGAUAAGCUAAAAGUAGACAGAACCUUGGGAGAAAGUGAUCAUGUCUUCUUGAGUUUCACUAUACACAGGCAAGGGAAAACUGAGUGUAGUCAGACAUGCACCCUGGACUUUGAGGAGGCUGAUUUCAAAAAGCUUAAGGAACUAUAGGGUGAAGUCCCAUGGUCAGAAAUACUCAGAGAGAAGGGGGUCGAAGAUGGAUGGGAGUUUCUUAAAGGUGAGAUAUUGAAGGCACAAAUGCAGACAAUUCCAGCAAGAAAGAAAAGUGGUAGGCACCUAAAGAAACCAGUGUUGCUGUAUAAAGAGCUUACAGAUGGACUAAGAUGUAAGGAGGGCAUGUAUAAGAAAUGGAAGAAAGGAGAAAUCGUGAUGGAAGAGUACACACGAGUAGCCAACAGUUGCAGGGAAAAGGUCAGGUGGGCCAAAGCUAAGAAUGAACUCAAGCUUGUAAGAGAGGUUAAACAUAAUUUAAAAGGUUUCUUUGGCUAUGUUCAAAACAAGAGAAACAAGCAAGUAUUAGGUCCUCUGUGUGGAGAAGAUGGACAAAUACUAUUGAGUGACAGAGAGAAGGCGGAACUGCUAAACACUUCCUCCCAAAAGGAAAGCAAUGCCCAACCUGAUAACAUAGUAAAUGAUGCAAGGAGCGACCUGAAACCCAAAAUAGGAAGAGAGGUGGUAAGGGAACAUCUAGCUACUUGAAAUGAAUUCAUAUCUCCAGGGC